AAGAAGAAUUUAACGGUUCCCGGUUGUUGAACCGCUCCGGUCUCCACGGUGCCCUGCGGUUUAUGAACAGUUUGGGGCUUGGGAUGACGGUCAUUCAGUCGACUAGCAGUUAUAGUUACUUCAUUUAGAUAGGUCACCACCAUGUUUUUACUAAAGGUAGCAAUGUUUUGACAGCUUACCACACUAAGGAGCAUCGCUGCACGCAGAGAGCCAGAGUAAUGGAGGAAGGCUCUGAGCUGAUGGAGGAUAUUGUAUUUCGGGGGGUGGAGUUUUCCGUAAAGAUGGAGGUGGACAAGGGUUUGCUCAUUGUCGAAAUCUCUGAUUCGAUGACAGCGGAUCAGUGGAGGGGGGAGUUUGAUCCAGCAUAUAUUGAAGACCUCACUCGCAAAACCGGCAACUUCAAGCAGUUUCCUAUUUUCUGUAGCAUGCUGGAAUCUGCAGUGAGAAAGACAAGUGACUCUGUUACGCUUGACCUCCUGACCUAUGCUGACCUGGAGCUACUGCGAAACAGAAAAGCAGGGGUGGUCAGUCGUCCUCGCAGCCAUCAGCAGCCAUCUGUUCUCACCGCCAAAAGAUAUCUCAUUCUCAUAUACACCGUGGAGUUUGACAGAAUUCACUACCCUCUACCUCUGCCCUAUGUGGGAAAGCCUGACCCAGCUGUUCUGCAGAAGGAAAUCAGAGCGCUCAGGGCUGAGCUCAGUGCUCUCACCUCUCACGGAGUUAACAAAUCUGCAGAUCUAGAAAUACAGCGGCUACGAGCAGAGCUGGCUCUGGUUAAAGAGGAAAAGGAGAGCAUGGCGAAGGUUCUGGAGCGACUGCGGUUGAGUGGAAGUGAUCCCACGUCUGGACGAGAGGACUGGAGAAUGAGAGAUGUGGUGAGGACGCUGGAGGAGCAACUUGUCAAGGAAAGGGCCAAAAGUCAGCACUCGAUGAGCAAGAGAUGCCAGGAGCAGCGACUGCUAGUGGAGCAGUUAGAGGAGCUGAGAGCAUCAGAGUGUGCUCUCCGUGUUCGUGUCAAGAGUCUCACCAAUGAACUGGCGUUACUACGGAGAGGGUUAGACAAUCUAAGCGUCAGAGUGACUCCUGUGUCGGGUCGUAUCAGCUCACGGGUAGAUGGAGAAAUUUAUCGCUCCCUUUCUCGGGAGAGAAGGUCUGGGUACGGGACAGUCAGGGCUCGCUCGGGAUCUAGAGAACGUACAGAGGAUAGAGGACAGAGGUCGGUGGAAAGAGGAAGACGCGCAGACUCCUCGGGACCGCGUGCUCGCAUACCCAGGCCAUCACCUUCCCCCACAGGGUCACGGGUUCCACGCUUUGAUCCAACAGCGUAUAUCCAGGACAGGCAGCGCAGACAGAAGGAGGCAGAAAUCAAAAAACAGAGGAAGGUGCGAAGGGACAUGCUGGCAUCACCCGUGCUGCCCGAGAGAGGCCGUUCACGUUCCAGAGAAGCCUAUCCUCAGCUGACCCGGUCAGGCAGCAGAGGCAGGAGUUUAUCUGUGGAGCGGCGAGGAAGCAGGAACUCCUCUGAAAGCUCGUUAGUGGACAUGGAUGAAAUGACCAAAACUCUGUACAGAGGAAGAAAACAGACUUACAAUGGACCCAAUGUGUCCAGGGGAGGCCUUCUGUCUAGGAAGCCGUUAUGCAGCACACCAACACUCAGAGUCAAAGACAAAGAAAGCUCUGUAGAUACAGGUGCAGAGCUAUCAGAGAUCGAUGCAAGGCUGCAGGCACUGCAGGAGUACAUGAGAGACUUGGAUACAGGACAUUGACCUGCUGCACAGGAUGUCUGAUUUAGUCAUCUGUGCAUAAAACUGAGGAAGAAAUCCUGAUUUGGACCUGAGCUUUGGGUUUAGCAGAGUAUGCAUUAACAUAAGAGACUAAAACUCCCUCUGGAAGUUCAGACUUCUGGAAACUACAGCCAUCAAUAUGAAGGUCAUUGGACUACUUUUUGUGGACUAAUUUCUUUUUUUAUGUUUUUAUAAAUUAACUUAAAAUAUGAUUGUGUCUGUGUGUUGCCAGCUUUUCCCCCCUUUAACCUAAACAAACUGAUGUGUGUGUAGAAUUUGGCAUUGCCUGGUAAAUGUUUUGAUCUUUCAAAGGCUUGUUUAAUAGUGUGGGCAGAGUUGAGUCCUUUUAUAUUCAGUCAUGAUGCAGAAAGGCAUUUCAUCACUGGGUUUCCAGGUAGAUCAUUUGUACAUGAUGGUCAGUUGUUUUUAACCUUUUUUUUGUGUGUGUAAUUUUACCUUGUCUUCCCACUUGACUUUGAAGUAAGGAUUAUCAGUGCAUCUCAAGUAUUUUGUUACCACUAUACAGUCUCUAAUUGUUCCACACAGUGCAAUACAAUACAGCCUUUUCUGCCCUUUAAAUUUGGCAUUAUUUUGAUGGUAUCACAAACUGAUCCCAAACUUGUUAAUCUUAGACACUUCUAUAAGGGAACAAUACUUACCAUAAAAACUAUGUUUUAAUAGGCUAUGCUGAUGGUGCAUGUAAAGUGUGUGAAACUUGGCACAUUUUUCAUAACAAAUUGCCAAAUAUUUUCUGAAACUGUUGUCUGCAGACUGUUACUAGAACUUUAUCCAUUGUUUUUAUACCACCUAAAAUAUAAUUUAUAAGAAAGAUA